GAUCCCUUACCUACAACCCUCCAUUGACUGGCACUAUUCAUCCCCCCUCUCCUUCCCCAUGGGUCCCUUAACAAGAACAUUGAAGAUCGGAAUUAUUGGAUUUGGUCCUUUUGCCCAGUUUCUGGCGAAGACGAUGAUCAAACAAGGCCAUCUUCUCACGGCAACUUCAAGAUCAGACCACUCCGGCCAUCAGGGCGUCAAUUUCUUCAGGGAUAUGGAAGAGUUCAUGGGAUUAGAACAUGAUGUCAUUCUCAUAUGCACAUCAAUCCUCUCUGCGUCAGAGGUAAUCAAAUCCAUUCCAUUUCAUCGCCUGAAAAAACCAACACUGUUUGCUGAUGUACUCUCUGUCAAAGAAUACCCUAGGCAACUCCUCCUCCAGGAAGUUCCUGAGGAUUCGGAUUUGGUGUGCACUCAUCCGAUGUUCGGGCCAGAAAGUGGGAGAGACGGGUGGAGAGAUCUGACGUUUAUGUACGAAAGAGUACGAGUAAGAGAUGAUGAUUUAUGCUCGUCGUUUCUUACUAUCUUCGAAUGUGAGGGAUGCAAAAUGCUCGAAAUGAGUUGCGAAGAGCAUGAUCGACUUGCUGCUGAGAGUCAGUUUCUUACUCACACCAUAGGCAGGAUUUUAUCGGAAAUGGAGAUCAUGAACACACCUAUAGACACAAAGGGAUUUGAGAAGCUUGUUCAAGUGAAAGAGACCACGAUGAGGGAUAGUUUCGAUCUCUAUAGUGGACUGUUCAUACACAAUCGGUUUGCCAAACAGCAGCUGAAGAAUUUAGAGAGUGCAGUUCAGAGAGUUAAGGGAAUACUAGAAGCAAGGAUGAACAAGGGAGAUGAACAAAAAUGCGAUCAAUAACGUACUUCAAAGAAUCUUUUGGUGAUAUAUUGUUCAUAUACAAAUUAGUUGUACGUUAUUAGCUAGUUGAAGUGAUUCUGCUUUUUAUAAUUUUCUUUAAUUUAAACUACAGCUGAACCUUUAUCUUCUGCAAGCGUAUUCAAUAGAGGUUGUUUGUUUACCUCUUAAUAGUUAUAUUAAGAGACAAUACUUGAAUCGUUAAAAGGUGAAUCUCGUUUGA